AAGUGAAAAUAAUUUUUUCACUAUGUUCACAAAUCCCCAUCUCACUUUGAUUGAGUUCUACAUGAGGUUUGAAUGUGCAUUGGAUGCUCAAAGGCACACUCAAAAUAAAAUGGAUAAUGAUUCGAAGAAUAAGCGUCCGGAGUGUAAGACUCCAAUUCCUUUAGAGAAAGAUGCUUCUGAAUUGUUUACAACAACAAUUUUCUAUGAAUUUCAAUAUGAGCUUGAAAUUGGAUGUUUUAAUUGUGGUGUUGAGGAGAUGAAGAAGGACAAUGAGCUUUACAUUUUCAAUUUGAGGGAAGGAACUAGAAGGAGGACUUUUGAUGUUGUUUUUGAUCCAACUACCUUUGAUACAAAGUGUUUUUGUAAAAAAUUUGAACGUGAUGGUGUGCCUUGUAGGCAUAUGAUUUGGGUGUGGAAGGCAAGGAUGUUAGAAAAAAUUCCCAAGGCCUACGUUCUAAAUAGAUGGUGUACAAUGGCUUAUAAGAAGCCCAUUUUUGAUUUAGAGGGUAAUGUGUUGGAGGAAUGUAUUAAUGCAGUAGAUAAGAAAAUGUUAUUAAAUGAUUUGUGGUCUGAAAUUCAUGCUUGUGUGAGUUUAGUGCAAAACAAUGAAGAUGAUCUUAGUGAUCUUGUCAAAAAACUUCGAGCCAUGAGGGUAGAUUUGGAACAGAAGAAAACAAAUGGAAGCAACAAUCUUUCGAGCAAAGUUAAAGACAUUGAAAUGCUUAUUGGAGCUAGUCUACCUUCUAAUGUUUUAAUCAAACCUCCUAAAAUUUCGAAGAACAAAGGCACGGGGGUUCAUGUUCCAAAUCAGGUCAAUGUUCCAAAUGAUGUCCAUGUUCCAAAUCAGGUUCAUGUUCCAAAUCAGGUAAAUGUUCCAAAUGAUGUCCAUGUUCCAAAUGAGGUUCAUGUUCCAAAUAGUGACAAAAGAAUGAAGAGUGACAGAGAAACGUCUAUUGAACAAAGUCAAAAGAAGAAGAGAUUAUGUAGAGCAUGUGGGGAGCUUGGUUAUCAUGAUAGUCGUAAUUGCCCUGGAAAAGUCAAGUGAUAUAGUAAGUAAACUUUAUUUUUAAU